AUGCCAAAAGGAUUACAUAAUAUCCCAAUUCCAAGGGAGACCAAGUGUAGUCAGAAGGAAAAAUUUGAGGGCCUCUUCUGGACUUAUGAUGACUGUGUGACGUUCCAGCUAUUUAAGAGUUUCAGACGUGUCCGCAUAAACUUCAGCAAUCCUAAAUCUGCAGCCCGAGCUAGGAUAGAGCUUCAUGAAACCCAAUUCAGAGGGAAAAAAUUAAAACUCUACUUUGCACAGGUUCAGACUCCAGAGACAGAUGGAGACAAACUGCACUUGGCUCCACCCCAGCCUGCCAAACAAUUUCUCAUAUCGCUCCCUUCCUCCCCACCUGUCGGCUGGCAGCCCAUCAAUGCCACUCCCGUCCUCAACUACGACCUCCUCUAUGCUGCGGCCAAACUAGGACCAGGAGAGAAGUAUGAGCUCCAUGCAGGGACUGAGUCCACCCCAAGUGUCGUCGUGCACAUGUGCGACAGUGACAUAGAGGAAGAAGAGGACCCAAAGACUUCCCCAAAGCCAAAAAUCAUCCAGACUCGGCGUCCUGGCCUGCCACCCUCCAUGUCCAACUGAGCUGCCGGCUCUGUCUCGAUGAUAAUAGCCGUCUCCUCUUUAUCAUGCUUUUUCUCCCAUGUUGUUUGUCAAAAAAAAAAAAAAAUGCCUUU